AUGCCCGCGCGCGAUCUCAGCCUCGUGGGAAACAACAAAUCGGUACAAGCGGCUAAUUCUCUCACUCUAUCUGCAUUUGAUCGAGACUGUCUCGGUUAUCUUCAGAACUCGACACUUGUCGUGAUGUUGGGAAAACACUGGCCAUGGUCCACAGUGUCUUACGCCUAUCAUAAAAUUGGCGUGAAAGAGCCAAUGGUAAUGAGUAUGAUUCUGGCCAGCACUGCACGUGAAAUUCAUCGUUCCCGGCUUCAUGACCAAGAAGCUUCUUUCACACCAACCCUGAGCACAGAAAAUCGUGAACUGGAUGGACGUAUGCAUUACGGUCGCGCCCUGUCAAGUCUGCGCCAUGCACUUAAACAAGAUGUUAAAUCGCCACAGAAGAUAGAAGCCAUAUUCAUCACGCUGUGGCUCAUGAUUGACUAUGAAAAUCGAUUCGGUAACGGAGCGACUGCAAUUAACAUUCACAUCCGUGGUAUUGAAAGUCUUCUGCACAACCAUGUUGUACCUUUGCUCCAAGCCCCGGAGGACGCUUCACAGGGCCAAGGGGCCGGGGGUUCGUCUACAGCGGCAAUAAUAUCGAGUGGUGAAGAUACUGUACGAAAGAGACAUGUUGAUAUCCAACCAAUGCCCUCAGGCGAAAUAGGCACUGAGAGAACUUCUGAUGCUGCCACAUCAAUUCCAGAUUCUUUGCAAGGACUUCGCUGCACAUCAGUGCCUCUCUUUCUGCUUUGGACUCUAUACUUUUUCACACCUGCAGCCCUUUUUUUUGGACCUGCCACCACAAGACUGGAUACCGAUAUCUUUCAGUUCUUCUUGGGAGCUCAGAGUGACAGCACAGCGCAGAUUUCUCUUCCAGAGCUUUACCGAAUAAGUAGGCAGUCUCCCGCCCGGUUCUGGGGCGAAAAAUACCCUCUGUCUGCUCAAUUAGAUGAUAUGGAGAACCUUCCUGGCCUCACCCUGUACCAUCGAAGCCACGUCGCACAGUUUAAAAUCACCGAGCUAUUCAAACAGGGUGUGCCUAACAGAAUCAACUCUGAAGUUGAAACGCCCUAUCAACAGGUUGUCGAUGAGAUAAACAUAAUAUCUAUGGAAUAUGAUACAGUUCUAACCACCGCUAGGGCGGCACCUUCAUGUGAAUCUAUUGGUGAUAAUCGUCGAGUAAUGGAGACCGUUUAUUGGUCUGUCAUUACUUUCUACAGCACUAUUGUGUUCUUUCACCUCUGUUUCCAAGAUAUUCUUAACAAAUACCCAGCGACGCAAGCUCGCAACAGUCUCAUGUCUCUCCAAACGGCUGUAUCCCAGGUUCUUGAGCUUAGCCUGAAACUCCAUCGCAGCCGACCCCGUCUCAUGGUUCGAAUUGCCUGGCCUUUAUUCCUUGCUGGAAUUGCGACUCCGGAUCAGAUUUAUCAGGACUGGGUGGCCAUUCGACUGCGUGAGCUGGGUCGAUAUGGACAGAAUUAUUCCCGCAUCAGCAAACGCUUUGAUGAGAUCAUUCAAGGGGGUCAAGCCUAUGUAUACAAUAGAGAGGACCUUUCCUUGAGCACCUCACUUACCUAG